CUCUGCUGCAGCGCUCUCCCUCCUGUCGCCGCGCGGGAGGCUGCCGCGCCGCACCGGAACGCUGCCCGCGACGGUCCAGCCGACGCCUGUCGACGCGGAGCACACGCGCAUUCUCCCCGCGCCCGCCGACAGACCAGACCAGAGACCACCAUGGAGGAAGCCAUUCAGUACGCCGACGACCUGAGGGCGAGCAACGCGGGCACGCAGGACUUGCUGGGCACGCACGACACGAUGAUGCUGCGGACGGCCGAGACGGCGACGGGCAAGACCACGGGAGGCAAGAAGAAGAAGAGGACCAGUAAGCGCGAGUCCGUGAAAGCCAGGGCGCGGCAGAUUGUUGAAAGGACAGCUUUAAUGCACGACGGCGCCAAGGACAACGCCCAGUUGAGUGCGUUUCAAGGUUCAGGACUGAAGGGCAAGGAGUUCGGCCGGCAGUGGAACAAGGCCUUCCCGUGCAGCAAGCUCACGACGGCCGAGGCCAAGGCGGUCCUACCUUACUUUGACGUCGAUGGCUCCGGAGACAUCGAUGGGGCCGAGUUCCUCGUGAAGUUUUUUGAUCUGUCGCAGAAGAUGAAGCGAGAACAGAGGGGAGAACAUCGCGUGCGGUCCGCGUAUUUGGAGCAAAAAAGGUUAGAACAGGAAGGUGUAGAACAACGCAAGGAGGAAGCUCGCGUCGCGGCCGCAUUGAAGAUCGAGUUCACGAAGGAAGACAAGAAGGAAGCCUUGCGGAAACUGAAGAAGGCCGCUUUGGAGUACAAGACUAGGUGGACGCCGCGAUCCAUGGGCGGCAUGCAGGGUUUAUCUGGUUUUGAAGGUACUAAAAUAUCUCCGGUAGUCUUGCGAUCUUUACUACAAAGAACUUUCGACCUCAAUUUAUCUAGAAAGGAGCUCGGCGCAUUGAUACAAGCGAUCCAAGGCCACGGGUCGCAAGUGGUAGAUGGGAAGAACUUCGUUACGUUCUUCCAUCGACUCGGUGCGAAAGCGCAAAAACAGCAGAAGCACCGCUUGGCCAUCAGGAGGGAGUGGGAUGCGCUCGUCGAGGAGGCCGCGGAGCAGAAACGAAGGGAGAACGAGGACUUUGACGUUGUGGACGGCGGAUUCGGGGCCUACCACCCUCUGGACCUGGAAUCGGCCUACGCGAAGUUGGGAGAAAGGGCGACGUGGCAAGUUCGAAGUCGACCGCUGACGCAGCAGUUCACGGAGGGCGGGCCCCUGAAUCCUCGAGAUUUUCGGAGAAGAGUGAGAUCAGAGUUCGACGUCGAUCUGACGGAGCGGGAGCUAUCAGCCGUCGUGGCGUCACUCAACGAAGGCGGUGCUGACGCCGACGCCGAGUUGGUCGACGGCCAACGGUUUCUCAAGAGGAUGAACAUGCUGAAUAGCACGGCGCGACGCUUGCCAAGGGUAGAGAAAACACCAGUGGCCGGCGACUGGAUCCGGAACGAGCGCUACAACGCGCGGCCGAUCACCGCAGAUAGAUAUACCAAUCAAGAUUUAUUUUCGCCGAAGCGCCAGUUCGCGAAGUUCACGGCCUUCGACCCGUGCGGGGUGGAUCGGCAAACUUUGAUGCGCGUGACGGGGAGGACGCCGUCGCCCGUCAAGAAGAAGGCGCUGCGGCAGCGGCUCGGUGUUGACGUGUCCCGGCGGGACAAUAUGGAGUUCUUGCGGUAAGUAGGCUUA